GUGUGAGAGUGUCCAAACACACAGAAAAACUCCUGGUGAUGCGACUGAGAUCCACAUGACACACUAUUAUAAAGAUGGCGUUUAUUAAAGAGGAGAGUGAAGACAUGAAGAUUGAAGAAACAUUCAGAGUCAAACAUGAAGAAACUGAGACACAAACAGACUUGAUGGCGAAAGAGGAGAGUCAAGAACUACAUGACAAAGUCCACAUGGGAGUUCACACUGAAGAGACCCCUUUGACUUGCCAACAGUGUGGAAAGAGUUUCAGUCGAAAAGACAACCUUAGAAUCCACUUGAAAGUCCACACUGGAGAGAAGCCGUUCAUAUGUCCUCAGUGUGGAAAGAGUUUCACACAGAAAAAAAUCCUUACUGGCCACAUGAGAGUUCACACUGGAGAGAAGCCUUACACCUGCCAACAGUGUGGGAAGAGUUUCUCACUACAAGGAAAUCUUAAUAUUCACAUGAGAGUUCACACAGGAGAGAAGCCGUUCACAUGCUCUCACUGUGGAAAGAGUUUUAAACAGAAAAGAGACCUUAAUGCCCACAUGACAUAUCACACUGGAGAGAAGCCUUACACCUGCAAACUGUGUGGAAAAAGCUUCACGAUGAAAGGAAAUCUUAAGACUCACAUGACAAUUCACACAGGAGAGAAGCUGUUUGUUUGUGAUCAGUGUGGAAAAAGUUUCAGACAUAAAGAAAACCUUAAUCAUCACAUGAGGAUUCACUCUGGAGGAGACUAUUUUAAAUGUCAUCAGUGCGAAAGGAGUUUCUCAGACAGGAAUCACCUUGAGAAUCAUGUAAAAAUUCACACCAUAGAGAAGCCUUACAAAUGCCAUCAGUGUGGAAAGAGUUUCACAAACAAAGCAAACCUUGACAACCAUAUAAGAAUUCACACUGGAGAAAAGCCUUUCACCUGCAUCCAGUGCGGAAAGAGCUUCAGGAUUAAAGGGAACCUUAAGAUCCACAUACGAGUUCACACUGGAGAGAAGCCGCACAAGUGUCUUGAGUGCGAGAAGAGUUUCACGUAUCACACAGACUUGAAACGGCAUUCGCAAACUCAUUCUUGAAAGAAACUGCCGAUUUCGUCAGUGUGA